AUGUUCUUCUUGCUGUCGCUCACCUUGUACCUUGUAAUUCUCAUCGCCGCUCAGCCAGGUCCAAAAUUGAUUGAUGAAACGACACGAUGGAGUCAGUGCAAAGACUUAAAUCAGUCUAUUUAUGAUUUUCAGGUGGAAACCCUUCAAGGAGAAUUUACUGAUUUAUCACAGUACAAAGGACAAGUCCUCUUGAUAAUAAACGUCGCCACCUUCUGUGCUUACACGCAACAAUACACCGAUUUCAACCCGUUGAUCGAGAAAAACGUGAACGGCGGUUUCACAAUUCUGGCUUUUCCCUGUAACCAGUUCUACUUACAGGAACCUGCCGAAAAUCAUGAACUAAUGAAUGGAAUUAUGUACGUUCGACCAGGCAAUGGAUGGAAGCCGCAUCAGAACCUUCACAUUUACGGAAAGAUUGAUGUUAACGGCGAAAAUCACCAUCCUCUUUAUGAAUUCCUGAAGGAGAGCUGUCCACAAACCGUGGAGAAAAUUGGAAAGACCGAUGAGCUGAUGUACAAUCCUGUUCGAGCACAUGAUAUCACAUGGAACUUUGAGAAAUUCCUCAUUGACAGAAAGGGUCGUCCUCGUUUCCGUUUCCAUCCUACAGCAUGGAGUCACGGUGAUGUCAUACAACCUUUCAUCAACCAACUCAUGAAUGAGAGCCCAUAA